AGAGUGACCACUAACACACUGCCUGAACUUGAAAGGCCUUUGAAAGUGGUUGCGAGUGACGCCCGAGGAUUAGCUUCCUUGAACGUGCCAUGAACACGAUCUAAACGAGAGAGUAUUUGCAACUGCUUUUUCAAUCGUUACCUUUUUCAUCCUUGUGGAUAGAGAAGAGAAGUUUGCAACAUGUGUGUUUUUUUUUUUUUUUUUUUAAGAAAAAUUCGCUGUUUUCCCAUUUCAGUUUUUUUUCUCUUUAUUUUUUCUCUCUCCCGUUCCUUUGUUAGUAUUUUUACAUAGCUUCCUUUGUUCGGAAAUAUUUUCCUGCUGCACCCUUACUGUACCCUAGUUGCAAAAAGUACUUACAACACAGUCCCUUUGUACAAACAAUAACAAAACGCCGGUACAUCUAAUGUCAUUUUUAAAUAAUAACAAAAAAAAAAAAAAAGGAAAAAAUCUGAAUAUUGAUUUUACGGGACCCCAUUGGUACCUUUUUUUUACCUUCCUUAAAACUGCAGAAGCCUUUUCACGUUAUAAGCAUUUCCCCUUUAACCAAAUAGCCAAAUCCUCCAUCAUAAUGAGAAUAAAAGGCUAAGAAUAUUUAAUGAGGAAAUGAAAGGGCAAAAAAACCGUCUUGUUCCUCAUUUCUUGUGUCAUAAGCGACGUAAACAAUAACAAGAACAUGUGCGUUUGAGGUGGAACUUCAGGCCGAUUGUUUUGCUGGAAAAAAAAUUACAAUGCAGUAAAAGAGAAAGCAGAAUAUUAUCAUACCAACAAUGGACACCAUUUUACAAGAAGCAGUACCAAAACUUUUUGGUGAAGAUGUAAAUCAGAAAGUAGUUAGAAGAAUCAGUAAGGAUCUGGAGAAUCUAAAGGCCUCUGAUCAAGAACUGCUGGUGGAAAAAAUCAGCAACAAGUUCAGAAAGUUGUUGAUUGAUGAUCCUGUUAAAGCACUUGUUACUGCAACUUUGCUGACAGAUGGAAACCACAUUCUCAGGAGAGCUCUAUCUCAGUGUGUAGAAGAGGUUCUUAAAGUUUGCUGUAACAAGAUUGAUUCCCUUCAUGUUGCAGAAUCAAGAAAACAGUCAGAAUUUCACAUUGCUGUAAAGGCAGUAUAUGGCAUUGUUCAGUAUGUUCUUCCUCUGGAAACUGGAGUAGUCAAGGACCUUGCAUUACAACACCAGCUGAAAACAGUUUGUUUGUCGCUUCUAAGAGCAGUUGUAAGCAACAAGUUACCAUCUGACUGCAGCUUGAUUGUAUCAACUUCCUUAUGCAUUACCUCAGCUCUGCUUUGUACAGGGAAUAUGGAAAUUAAUUUCUUAAAGCUGAUAAAUGGUGUAAUCCAAGCACAGACUUGGAAAGGAAACUCUGGAGACAGUGAUUGGUCUUGUCCUGAUAUAGAAAUAGAGGAAGUGGCAGAAUUCUGUAGAGAGAUAGCACCGUCUUUCCCUGUUGUUUUGAUGUUUCAUGGACUAUUCAACUCAAAUGCUGCUUGGUUAUAUUCAUCUAAGGAGAGAGGAAGUGGCAGUGAAACCAACAUUCCAUUUCUCUACAAAGUACAUCCAGUUAUCAUGAAGAUGUGUAGAUCUGCAGCAAGCUACACAUUUCAGGCAUUUCAGGUGCUUCACAUGUGGCUUAUGUGUGUGAGGAAGUAUGGUAACAUGUUCAAGGAAGUACAACAUGAUAAGGGGAAAAAAACAGGAUGUAGUCUCGAGCAGCAACAUCCAGCUUCCUGGUCAGUUUUCAUGCUCCACGCUGAUAAUAGCAAUACUGUAUUCCAUCUUUUGAAUUCUAACUGGGAAAAUCCAGCUAAAGGUGUGAGUGAUGUUGUAUACACAUGCAUGUCAGAGUUAUUAGAGCUGCAUGAUGACAGACAGCCUGGUCAGGCCAAAGUACUAGCCGGCAACAUGUUAGAAGCUCUUGUCGGUUCUGCUGCAUGGACAUCAAAGAGCACCUACCCACCUCUAGGCCCUGGCCAUCUCUUUUGUAGGGGCACAUGAGGCCCUACAGCAGCAUCCAGUAUUACCAACUGGUCUAACAGAGUCCCUUAAGGUGAACCAUCUGGCAUCAGCUGGUACUAAUGUAUACAAGAUAGUGCUUAGCCAGUUAUCUGUCCAUGCUUGGCGUCAGCAUUUCCUCCA